AUGUACGUCACACAUAUUAUCAAUCAAUCAGGUCAAGUACCAAUGCAACACUACAAUGUUAAUGUUCAACAACAACAGUUGUUACAAAACGUUAUGAACAACAACAACAAUGCUACCAACAACAACAAUAAUAUUGUUUCACAACAAAUUUCCAGUCUCUUGACUGAUCAAAUCCAACAACAAGUUUCAUCGAUUCAAGUUGUUGCCCCAUCGGCCAUUGCCCCAGUUGUUGCUGACCAACAACAGCCACAACAACCACCAGUCAAGAAACGUGCCAAGAAAGCUUGUUUGAAUUGCCGUUCCUCCAAGGUAGCCUGUGACCACAAUCGUCCCUGCCUCAGAUGUACAAAACAUGGAAUUGAGGACAGUUGUCUUGAUAUUCCAAGAAAGCCCAAGGUUGUCGGAAAGCGUCUCAAGAAGGAUGCCAAUUCGUCGCCAUCUUCUGCGCUCGUCCACACCACUACCGAGCCAAUCAUCCUGCUCACAGAUAAUGGUUCCAUAGUCGGUCAACAAGGAGCCUCUGCCAAAAAGGUUAACUCCAAAGUUGGUGCCAAUGCUCCCAAGCCCCAAAUGACAACCUAUCCUGGAAUUCAAGACACCUCCAGUCUUGUAAAUAGUAUCAAAAACAACCCACACCUCCAACAACAAAUCCCUCACUAUCUCAACCUCACCUCUAACAACAACAACAAAUCUCAACCACCCUCACCAACCAACAACCAAGGUAGUAAUAUCAUUCAAUCCUCAACUAAUGGUAAUCAACAGAUGUUCAAGUUUGUUGGUACUACUGACCAAAACAACAACGUCCAACAACACCAACAAUCAUCGCCCCAACAACAUCAAUCUGUUAAAGAAGAGAAUGAUAUUACUGCCUCUGGUAACCCCAUAUUUAUUCCUUAUGUAUUUAAUAGCAACAUCGACAAUAAGGAAAUGUCGUCAGUCGACGCCAUCAACAAAAGUGAGCUAUCUGCCAGCAACAACAAUAGCAUUCAAUUCAUGUCCUCGCCAACAAUGAAUGGUACUUCGCCCGCCUCAAGUAUACCAUCGUCUCCACAAUCUGCGUUCUCAACACCAUCGCCUUCAAUCUCUGCCUACUCCUCCGACUCGUCCCCAGCAAGUCCCCACGCUCACUUUGAUAUGAUAUUCCAAACCAACGCUAGCUUAGACUAUCAACAUCUCCACCAUCAACAACAACAACAACACAACCAACACCAACAACUCAACAAUUCAUCUUCACUCUGUCAUCCAUAUGUUGACACAAAUAACGAAGACACCAACAACUCCAAAUCCGCAACUGGAGGUGCCAUCUCACCAAUCCAGACCGUUGUUGAAAACGUAUGUGCCAACCUCUCCAAUCUCAUCAGUACAAGCUCCAGCUUCCAAGAACCAAUCGGUGUCGGUUCUUCACCAUUCGGAUACUGCAUGAAGAGUCCAUUCUCAAUGGACGGUACUCCACAACAACAACAAUCCGCACAACAACAACAACAACAACUUCAACUCGCCUACAACAACAACAACAACAACCAACUUCAACAACAAUUGAUUGGAGACAACGUUAUCCAAUCAAUUCUCAACAGCGGAAACUUCUUCAACAACCACAACACCAAUAGUAACUCACCUGUACAUACAAUCUUACCUGACGUUCUAGUAAAGAACAAUUUACCGCUUUCAAGAUGGGCAUUCCCAGAUCGUAAUCUCUUAGACAUGAACGAUAGCUUUGCCAAGCUAUUAGGUUUCAAGUCGGAAGAAGAUCUGAGGACCUAUUCACCUCAGUUAACCUGGGAUGAUAUUGUACAUUUUCAAGUGAUCCAAUUUACAAACCGUUACGCGCUGGAAGCAGUCGUCAAAGGAAUACGCAAGUUCCAACGUCCAUGCCUUUUCAAACAUAAACAAGGUGGAUACCUGUCCGCAACGAUCUUGGUUGCCUUUGACACUUGCUACCAAUCAUUUGAAGUCAGCAUCCUUCAGAAACACAACGAAACCCGUGAGGACAUCUCCUCCGAGUAUGUAAUUAGAGAAUACCGUUUUAAGAAUGCCUGUCUUGAAUUAGAUGAUAUCAAUCAUUAA